AUGCCAGGUCGCACUGACUGGGCCGACGACGACGAGCCCGAUCUAGCGACAUCCAUCCCACCGCCACAGGUGACCAAGAACAAGGACGGCACUGAGACAGUAAUCACCAUUUUCAUCAACGAGGAUGGCAAGCGAGUCAAGCGCACGCAGCGCAUCAAGCGGACUGUGAUCAAGAAAAAGGAGAACCCGCGUGUCGCUGAGCGGCGACAGUGGGCCAAGAUCGGACCUGAAGCCGGCAAGCCUCCAGGCCCGCGACCGGACACCACGACGCUGGGCGAGAACAUCAUCUUCAGACCUGUGGUGGGCUUCAAGAGUGGUCAGCAGCAGGAGAAGAACCCGGAGGAGGACAAGAAGGCGGAUGCGUUGAAGAAGAUGCAGAUCAAGUGCCGUAUCUGUCAAGGCGACCAUUUCACCACCAAGUGUCCCUUCAAAGACACCAUGGCACCCGAAGGCGAGGCUGCCGGCCCACCACCCGACAUGGACGAGAGGAUGGGCGGAGGCGGCGCUGAGGGAGGUCUGGGAGGUGGAAUCGGCGGCAGCUACGUACCACCUCAUAUGCGCAAGGGCGCCGGGGCUUCAUCAGGUGGCGAAAGGAUGGGCGGCAAGUUCGAGAGAGACGACCUCGCCACGCUCAGAGUCACCAACGUCUCCGAAUUUGCGGAGGAGAACGACUUGCGUGAAAUCUUCGAGCGCCACGGGCGUGUCACGCGAGUCUUCCUUGCUAAGGAUCGGGAUACUGGACGUGCGAAGGGCUUUGCGUUUGUCUCUUACGCUGACCGGUCGGACGCGGCACGGGCUUGCGAGAAGGUGGAUGGCUACGGUUUCGGCCACUUGAUCUUGCGUGUCGAGUUUGCGAAGAAGAGCACUUAG